CACACAGGACCUAAAUUAAACAGGUGCAAGAAUACGUCUCUACUGUGCAUCACUGGUUGCAUCUCCUGGUUUCGAGAAUGAACAGACAGAGACCAAGCACAAGCCCGGUGGCGCUGGUUCUCAGUGCUUUCCUGUUGUUUGCUCACGGGGUAGCCAGCCAAGGUACAGGAUGUGAACGAGACGAAUGCAUCUUGCUCACUGACUGCCCCAAGCUUCUCGAUCUCCUGAAGAACCCCACGAGGGAAAAUAUCAGGGAACUACAGGCAGCUACGUGUUUUAUUGAAAAGCGAACGCCGCGGGUCUGCUGUCCCGCCCCCCCUGUCACCGAGCCUCCGAAAAGCAACGAGUCCCUCCUGCCUCCCAACUGUGGCCUUGCGGGAGACGUGAGGGUGGUGGGGGGAGAAGACGCCCCAAUCGACGCCUAUCCUUGGAAGGCAGUUCUGGGAUAUCGAAUUGGAGAUUCACCUGAAAUUCACUUCGAAUGUGGAGGUUCAGUCAUCAACGAGAGAUAUAUCAUGACGGCUGCCCACUGCGUCAAUACCAAUAUACUGAAUGCGCGGGACCUCGUACUGACCGUCAUUCGACUGGGCGAGUGGGACCUCACCACUGAACAAGACUGCACAAACACCAGUGGACAUCGGUUCUGUGCUCCUCCGGUCCAAGAUUUCGACUUUGAGGAAGUUAUUGAACACCCUUCCUACGACACCCGGGCGCUCUUCUCAGAUGACAUCGCUCUCAUUCGACUGAGCAAACCAAUCAACUUCUUUACAUCAGCUGGUUACAUCCAGCCCGUGUGCCUCCCGCCCGCCGACUUCUCCCUGAGCGCCGAGGCCAGGAGCCAAGGAGCGAUCGUGGCCGGCUGGGGCGUCACGGAGCGGGGAAUCCAGAGCGAGAGGCUGCAGCAUCUCAUCCUGCCCUUCGCCGAGAAACAAAAGUGCAACGAGGUGUACAAAGGCAGACUGGUCGCGGAACAGAUCUGCAUGGGGGGGGAAGCCGGAAAGGACUCCUGCAGGGGGGAUUCCGGAGGUCCUCUGAUCGUGAAAGCAGGAUCCAUAGGGGAGAUAUCAAUGCAGAUUGGUAUCGUAUCCUACGGUCCUACGAGUUGCGGCCAGAAAGAAUUCCCUGGCGUCUAUACUUCCGUCAGCCAUUAUAGAUCCUGGGUCGAGGAAAAUAUUAGGCCGUAGAUAAAGAAAACGGGGAGCGGAGGUAAGAAAACGGGAAGAGGAGGUAAAAUAACGGGAAGAGGAGGUAAGAACGGGAAGAGGAGAAAAGAAAACGGGAAAAGGAGAUAAGAAACCGAGAAAAGGAGGAAAGAAAACGGGAAGAGGAGGUAAGAAAACGGGAAGAAGAGGAAAGAAAACGGGAAGAGGAGGUAAGAACACGGGAAGAGGAGGUAAGAAAACGGGAAAUGCGAAAGGACGAAGUAAGAAAUGAGAGAAGAAAAAUGAGACAGGAAAAUGGAAGGAUGAAAGAAGAAACAUGAAGGAAAGUCAGGUAAUGAAGAAAGAUGGAAUAUGAAGAAACUAUAGAAAUAAAGAAGGAAGGAAAGGAAAGUAAUCGGAAUAACCUAGAAAUGAGGAAAGAAGCAAAGGGAGACAAUAACGAAGAAUUUAUUGGUAUAAUGUCUGUGAUAUCUUUUCGUUUGUAUGUUUACAUUAAUAAAAAUCUGUGACAUUAAUAGA